CUGCCUCUGUAGAACACGCACGCCGUACCUGCAUCGCACUUGCCGCUCGCGACAGUCACGCCCGCCAGGCACCAGCUCCUCGACCGUCGCGUCACUAGACCGCGACGCACGACACGCUCAAAGCACACGUGCGAGACAGCCAUCGCCCGACGUCCCAGACAGCCCGCGACACGCAGCGCAAACGAUCAAUCCAUACCAGAUCCUGUCUCAGAUCCCACCAUCUCCUCUGCUCUCCCGUCUUCCAUUCACCCCCUCCUGUGACCUGUUGCCGGGCUUCACUCUUGGAAGCCCGCAAUCCUCCCUCCCGUGAAUGAUAGUCCCCGCAGAUAUGACCUCGCGGCAGCACUAUCUCGACUCGCACCCGAGCCUCAACGCCAGCAUGGACGACUUUGAUGCGCGCGAAUUCUCUCCCACGAUUCCGGACAUGCCGUCGCAACACUCCGGCUUCCGCAGCAAUGGACACUCAGAAUACAGCGAAGCGAGCUCACGGCGAAGCUACUCACCUCCAGCAUGGCGCAAAGCAGGCAGCGGCUGGUUCAAGCACCAAGAAGCACUCUCACCGAAUCGCAAUGGAUAUAGGAGCAAGGACACGAGCCCGCUGUACCAGAGCGCGGACGAAGAAGGGGAUGAUGGCGAUGCGACCGCGUACAGGACAGCCAGGCGCAUACCGUUACCCGAGUCGCCCGUGAAAGGUCGCAGUCCCAGAGUCACUCCAGAGCCUGCUGGAAUACUCGCAGCAGCGGUGAACGACAAAGGAAGGCGCGCAUCGAGCACCGUACGGCAUCCGAGUGAGGAGACACAACGACCAGAACCAGAGCCAGAAUCACCCGGCGCAGAAACACCCACACAGAAGAAUUAUAUCCGCUUCUCGACAUCGCUUGAUGUUGUACAACGGACAGAACCCAUUGAAGCAAUGGUACGGAGCGUUCGACAGACGGUACAUCACGUCACAAAGUCGAAAUACAACACACUAUUUUAUGGAGUCAUGUCACUCGUACUUUACUGGAUCAUGUUAAAUUUGCUAUCGGCCCCGAUACAACCUCCCUCUGUCGAUCUCAUCAAGGUGGCGGGCCUGGCCAAGUCCUUCGAGCCUAGCAUAUACUACUCCGAAAACGGACAUGCGCAGAUCGAGCAAUUACAAGAAACUAGCGUAGCAGUGUGGGAUCUGGGAGAAAGCGUUCGAAGCACCAACAUGACCUCCGCUCCGCAAAUCGUCAACCAACUAGACUCAUUAUCCGAUAGCUUCAAGGAGCUGGCGCGAGAGAUGACGAGCUUCUUCACAUCAGUGGACUCAGAUAUCGAUGCGAUUCUGAUCGUGAUGGAAUGGGCACAACGAGAGCUCAGCACAAUAUCGAGCGAACCACCAAGCACGUUAAGCUCAGUCUGGUCUAACGCGCGUAAUCUGCUUUCACGAGUGGGAGUUGACACUGACAGCAAAUUUGUGCAAGAACUGCUCGGCAUGACCUACCAGCAACGAGCGAGAGCCACACUGGAGCGCACAUUUUACGAGUUCCUCGGCGUCCUUGAAGAAAGUAUCAACAAUGAGCUCACCCACUCGAUCGCUCUCUUUCAACUUUUCGAAGCGGUCGACAAACAAUUCCUCAACCUCCAACGUACCGUUGUGCGUGAACAGGAUCAGCAAGAGCGAAUGGAGAACGACUUCCUUGGCAGCCUUUGGACGAAAGUCAUUGGCGUCAACGCGUCCAAGUUGCGCAAAUACGAGAAGAACAAGAACCUCCUACACUCCGUCCGCGAGCGCACAGUACGAAACAAGCAUGUUCUGGUAGACCACAAUCAACGUCUCGAGCAGCUCAAGUCCAACUUGGAAAUUUUGCGCCGGAGGCUAGUCAGUCCACUGGUGCGAUCAAGCAACUCCAGCACGAUCACGAUCGAUGAUCAAAUCAAGGGACUAGAGACGACAUAUCAACAGCUCAAAGGCAGUCGAGAUGUACAGAAGAGAAAGAUGAUGGAGAUGCUAUAUGGCGCAGGAACGAGAAAGGUCACGUUGACAAGUGGCGUGGGCAGUGACAGAGAGAUCGAAGGUGGCAGUGGUUACCGAUGACGAGAGGGGCGAAGCUGAAUGCUAGGGAUAUGUGAGAUGCUUGGAACUGUUUCCUGGCGCCCUGGAUGGAACUGACGACGACAAGAGACCGAGGAUGUUGGCAUACGACUGGCGCAAUUGGCGCGCACUUGGUGAGGUGGAAUGUCUUGACGCUGAUUGAUAUGCUGGAUACCACGCACCUUUUUUGGGAAUAGGACUGGGUUGCACAGGAUGGGUUUGGGACACGGAACAUGGGGUUAUGGGGACAGGGAAGGCAGGACAGCACGGACGGAAUGAUCUUUCUCUUAUUUGUUCGUAGGCAGCUAGAUGG